ACAAGCCUCUCCUUAAAGAUUCAACUUGACAUAUACGGCUAGAGCACAUGGAGGCACUUGAAAGCUGUGGCUACAAUAUCAUUAUAAAAUAAUUUUACCCCGUGGGCAUCAUGCUCGAAGAUGGAUCCGUAAAUGAGGCCUCAGGCGCCCAUGUCGGAGAGAUUUUGUCGUGUGUCUCGUGCAGAAAUCGAAAACUUAAAUGUGAUCGUACCAAACCUCGUUGUAACCGUUGUGAGAAAGCCAAGGUUGAAUGUAUCUUCCCUGAGUCGCGGCGGAAACCAGCCUUCAAACGAAGAAAUGUGAGAGAACUUGAGGCCCGCCUUGCGCAAGUCGAAGUGCUUCUGUCGGAAGCGACCCAGAACAAACCCAAACACAAUGAGGCCCCUGAGUCCGUCAACUUCAAAUCCCCUGAGGUGGCCGACGAUGUCAUCUUUCAGGAGAUGGACUUCACUGACCCCGAGAUAUCCUUCGAUAAUGGUACUGGGUACUCAUAUCAACAAGACCCGGGGGUGACGUUCUCGGCCGAGACAUCAGAUGUGCACGACCAGGAACAACCGUCUUUCUAUGGCGACCUUAUGGACCUCGGUGGGAUAUACGAGAGUUUGCCCCCUUUUGAGGUGAUGGAAGAAUUGAAUCGAAUCUACUUCGAGCGUCAGCAACAUAUGAUACCUAUAAUUCACCCAACCCGUUACUUGCAAGCCUUUUAUUCCGCCCCGCAUAUGAAGCCCCCUAUGUGUCUUCAAUAUGCCAUAUGGGCUCUCGCUGCGCAUGGUAGUCCGAAAUAUCAGGUCUACCACGAAAUAUUUUACCGACGCGCCCGGCAAUACAUCGAGGCGGAUGAGAUGAAGGGAUAUGGCGAGCAUUUCAUUACCGUUUUUCAUGCUCAAGCAUGGUGUGUAAUAUCUACAUAUGAAGCUAAGUCUAUGUUGGUCACUCGAGCAGCUAUGACUUCUUCUCGCGCGGUUCGGCUCGUGCAAAUGAUGGGUCUCCAUCGGCUCGAUGGUACCACAGAGGAGACAUGUCCAACUUUACUCCCCGCGAAAGAUUGGACUGAAUUGGAAGAACGACGUAGAGUUUUCUGGGGAAUCUUUUGCAUUGAUAGCCAUUGUUCUAUCUCAACCGGAUGGCCAUUCCUUAUUGACUCAGCAGAGGUUACAACUCAUCUUCCGGCUCCAGAAUCUGCGUUCCAUAAUGGCGAGGAGGUAGAGACAUGUUAUCUCCACGAUGCCUUCAAGGGACACCAAUAUUCAUCAUUUGCUGGCGCUGUAUUAGUAUCCCACAUAUUCAAUCAAAUCCUUAAACAUAUCCACAAACCUAAAGCCAACGAUAACACUGGCGACUAUGAGUACGGUGAAUACUGGAAGCGACAUCGCGAUAUCGACAACAAACUUUCGGCCGCGUUCAUGUUCCUACCGGAGUCAUUUCGAUUACCCGAGAAUUAUCGUAACCCGAUUGCCGUACAUACGAAUCUCAACUUACAUGCAUCUAUCAUUUGCUUACACCACUCCGCGAUUGACAGGAUAGAGACCUACAAGCUACCAGAAAGCGCUAAGAAAAUCAGCCAGGAUCGUAUGACUGCAGCGGCACAAGAAAUUGUCAAUAUUAUCAAACUGACUAGCCAUGUCGGUUCAAACCCCAAAAGCCCUCUAGCCGCAUUGGCAUUAUAUUGCGCUGCUUCAGUCUACGUCUACCUAUGUACAGAGGUGCAUACACCAAGUAUCAUCGAUAGCCUUGAGUUCAUAAUCGCUGCGAUGGAAGCCCUUGGAAGAGAUCACGCAAUCACCAAUGCUUAUCUACGCCAAGUUGUGGUCGACAUCGAGCGGAAUGAUAUCCGACAUUUAGUCCGUCUACCUCGUCUCGACAACGACCCGACCGCCGAAUUCACAACCCACCUCGCCCACAACAUCCCUCUAUUAGCCCGCUCUAAGAUAUCGCGGCACUCAAAUCUACAACCACCCCUACCAGGGCGCCUACCGCUUGGAAAACCCCUCGGUCGUGUCGUCUUUACCAACGGCCACGACUGCGAGUACGGCACUUGGACAUCCGAUAGCCGCAGUCGGGGUUGGACAGUACAAGAAUUCCAAAUGCAAGCCCAAUCCAAAGCUCAAAGCCAAUCUUCCACCUCCUGCGAAAACCCCAACCACAAGAACCACAAAAACAAACGAAAACGCGCCUCCCCACCACACGGAGCUACCAGCACAUUAGACGACAGUACUCCAGAAGCCACCGACGACCCGUCGCCCUCCUGGCCCUCCCAACCGGCAGACCACGUAUCAACGAACCCCUCAACCCACCCCUCACCCCCCGACUCCCUAAUGGCCGCUACAGCCACCCACGGCCCGGUAUUCAUGGGCGCAAGUUACGGCGUCGCACCGGGACAACCGCGAUUAAAACUAGCACAUCGCACCAGCUCGCCCCAAGUCAGUGCCGCCACAUUAAAACAACAGACAUCAUUCCCACCGCCUUUCCCGGCUCCCUCUCCGACGUAUUCCGUAGCGGAUCACCAGGCUAGAUGUGGAGCUUGGGGUGCAAGUGGAAUGAACUCUCAAUUUAGCGGGAAUGCGAAUGGAAAUGGGAAUGGGAAUAAAGGCGUACCUUGGGGUUUCGUGGGUGGUGAAGGCCCGGGUGUGGAUUGGGAUGCGCUGGGUGCAAGUUUAGGGAUAGAUCCUCAGAUCGCUGCGGAUGUAGUGGGUUCGGGGGCGCGGGAUGUUGGGGUAGAAGGGGAUGGAGGGACGGGGUUUGAUGUUAAUGUUGGCUGAUUAAAUCGGUAAAUAUUUAGACGGGCUUCUGUGCAAAUUGUUGGAUAUCGGUUGGUAUGUGUGUAUUUAAGCUAUGAUAUCCCCUCAGCUUACUAUUACGUGAUAUACAGAUCCAUUUAGUCUAUUCAACUAUGAAGUCAGAAU